AUGCAAAACAGGAUCUUGUUAGCCAAGACAAAAGGGUGCGAUGCAAUUGACCCAGAUAAUAUUGAUGGAUACGCUCAUAAAACCGGAUUGAAAUGGAGUAAACAAGAUUCAAUUGCCUACGUUAGGAAAUUGUCAAAAUAUGCUAAAAAGCAUGGACUAGCCAUGGGUUUAAAGAAUGGUGGUGAUAUCAUCAAACAAGUGUUGUCUUAUGUUGAUUUCUCAGUUCAAGAACAAUGUGGCCAAUAUGGUGAAUGCAAACAGUAUCAGCCAUUCAUCAAGGCCAAAAAGCCAGUUUUCCAUAUUGAAUACCCAAAAAAAUCUAAACGGAGUAAAAUCCAUUGGCCAUCAAAAGUGUACAAAGAGUAUUGUACUUUUAAACAUACUGGCGGAUUUUCUACCAUUUUAAAACACUGGAAUUUGAACGAAUGGGUUUACCAGUGUCCAAACUGA